UUCACCCCCUGUGUGUUAGAGAGACCACAAAUCCUGCUUCCAUUGGAUGAGAUAAUGAACAUUGCAAUUGUUUCAUUGUUACAGAUAAAGUACCCCAUAUCAACUUCAUUCUGUGUAAUCGAAUGAUGUAUUCUCAGGCAUUUUGACGGUGUUGUGUGAAGUAUCUGUACCUUAGAAGGGCCAUGACUUGAGCGUGAUAGGUAUCUCAAGGAUAACGUCUUCAUAUGACAGUUAGGCAUUAAAUCUGUUCAUGGUUUUCUAUAACUGUGCAGUUAUGUUGAAAUGGAGAGAUUGUAAUUAAGAACAAUUCAAAUGAAACCUUGUUAAAGUUUCAAAUUAUUGUUUGGUGGCACUGAAAAGGCCUUUUUGACAGCUUUUGUAAUUUUAUAAAAACGUAACUUGACUGUCACUAGUGAUUGAUGUCGGCUAAUGCACAUGACUAAAAGGGAGGUUGAAGGGCAGUUAUUUUGAUCUGGGAGCAUGUGCAAAAUAGCUGCACGUUAGGAUGAAAGGCUUGUCUGUCUGUGCAUUUGUUUGUGUAUCCCGAGCAGCUGCUGAAGUGGUUUGGCUGGGUAGUGUACAUUUCACUGUGUGGGUGACAGGUUAUUGGUCUCAGGUUAAAUCACGCCCAGAGGACUUGCUCACUGCAAAAGCAAUGUUAUAACUUAGAUGAGAGAGAAAAAGCACAGAUGUAACCUGUCACACAUUCACAGUACAUACAGUGUAGGCCUACUGCACAACUUCAAUACAUAAAAUCAGACAGAAGACAAUAUUACACCUACAUGUAAAUAUACAGCAUUAGUGUGUCCCUGGAGUCUUGAACCUGGGCUGACUAAAAAUCUAAAGCUGUGUCAAGGACUAAACUACCCAAUCACUCAGCAGCUUGGAAAGGACAUUACACUGAAUGUGUAAUUCAGCUCAGUCACAUCACAUCUGGGACCUGAGAAUCAUGGGGUAUUAAUUCUUCACACAGCCGAGCCUGCUAGUGUGGCAUAUCUGGUAUAGAAUAAUGUUUCUCCCCUGUGUUAAUGGACAGACAUGGCCGGAGGCACGUGCAGACACAUACACACACACACCUUUUUCAGGCUCUAACCCACUCUGCUGGCUGAAGCACCCCUCUAUUUGUCUAUUGCCGCGUUCAAGACGACUCGGAACAUGGAAGUUCGUUGUAGAAAGAUAAGGUCAUAAUUUCCCACUUGGAAAGUAACUGAGUCAACCAAUAGGAAGCUCUACGCCACAAACACCUAUCUAACUUUAACCUGAGAUUCAGAGUUUGCGAGUUGUCUUGAACACAGCCUUUUUGAAUGUUUAUUGACUCUGCAUUCUGUAUGUUUGUGUAUCUUGCUCCAUCCACCAUUAUAUCACCGUGAUGAUUUUCUUCUCUCCCCAAUGUGAUCCAUUAGAGAUGUGCAUCUGUUGUAUGUUCUCUCUCUCACACAGGGUUUUGGUUGACAGCUCAUUUGAUGUUGUUUUGGUGACGUUACGUUGACAAUCAAAAGCAUCAUGUAGCAGUGCUGAACCACAUGUUUCCUUGUCACACAGGGAACCUCUCAUCAAUGGAAAACAAACAACACAUAAUUCUGAACAACAGGGAAUUGUCGUGUUCAAAGUUGAUCGAUCUCAUACAUAAUACCUAACCUUUAAUAUGAUAUUUGUAAUGUUGUCAAACAUUAAUGAGUAAUCUCUUCAGUAACUAGUGGUCCAAUAACAAUGGUUAUUUUGUUCAACACCAACGUCUUGGUAAAACCCACCCAGUGUCCCCACCUUCGGGCUGUGAGGAGGACGGCCAUCCCCGCAGCUACGGGUCCAGAAUCUCCAUCCUCAGCCGCAGAGGGAAGAGCAGCUGGAAGAGGAGGAAGAGGGAGGAAGAGAAGGAGAGAGAGAGCUGGGCCCCAGAGUGCUCCAGCACUGGCAGCGGGGGGAAGAAGCGUGCUUCUUUGGGGCUUAACGAAGGUGCAAGCAUGCGCUGCUCCACCCUCCUGUGUAUCCUGACGGGGGUGCUGCUCUACCUAGUGCUGGGGGCCGUGGUGUUCCAGGCCCUGGAGGCUCCUCAUGAGGAGGGCCAGCACAUACAGCUGCAGGACACACGCAGAGCCUUCCUGGAGAACUACACCUGCGUCAGCCCAGACAUCCUGCAGGCCCUCAUAGAGGAGGUGGCAGAUGCUGUGGGUGCGGGUGUGGAUCCUAGCAGCAAUUCCUCCACCUUCACCAGCCAAUGGGACUUGGCCAGCGCCUUUUUCUUCUCUGGGACCAUCGUCACCACCAUCGGUUUUGGGAACAUCUCCCCAAAGACAGAAGGGGGGCAGCUGUUCUGUAUCUUUUAUGCCCUGGUGGGGAUCCCUCUGUUUGGUAUCCUGCUGGCUGGAGUUGGAGACCAUCUGGGGACCGGGCUGAGGAAGGCCAUCCUCAAAAUUGAAUUUCUCUUAGCGAAAUGGAAGGUGAGUCCUACUAUUGUUCGAGUCAUCUCAGCCAUACUCUCCAUCCUGUUGGGGGUAGCACUCUUCGUUGCAGUGCCAACGCUGGUGUUUCAGGAGGUGGAGAAGUGGACUCUCCUGGAGGCGUCCUACUUUGUUGUCAUCACCCUGACUACAGUGGGUUUUGGAGACUAUGUUGCAGGUGAUAGUGGAGAUGGUGGUAAAGACCACUGGUACAAGCCCCUGGUGUGGUUCUGGAUCCUGCUGGGCCUGGCCUACUUUGCUUCCAUCCUGUCCAUGGUGGCAAACUGGCUUCGGGUCCUGUCCAAGAAGACCAGGGCUGAGAUGGAAGAGCUCAGAGCCCGUACCACUGACUGGGGUCAGAACAUUCAGAACAUGUCCGUGGACUUCCGCAUGCCAGACGACCCCUUCAAACGACGACGACGAAAGCGUCGACAUGGCCCUCGCAGCCGAGGCAAUGGGGCAGGCCAUGUGUCUGGGACUGGGGCCCCUGGGAAGGGGGGCAGAGUGAUGGAGAAUGGCCAGCUGAACAGUCAAUCAGAGACUGGAUCGUCCUCAUACUCUUACUCAUCCAACGAGUCAGAGUCUGGAUCUGCGACAGGGUCAGAGGUCUCGCAGCAUGAGCGGGUAGUAGAGGAAAAAGAGAAGGAUGUCGAUAAGGAGAAUGCCUUUCCAGAAUCCCUGUAUUCUCAGCCUCUGGACUACUUUGGAGAGAACCUGGCAUACAUUGAUGAGUCCUCAGAUGCAGUUAGUGGAAAAUUACAUUUGGAUCCCCUGUUGGAUCCAACACAGCCCGUCUCUACACGCUCACGAAAGCCCAAGAGGAGACGGCCCAGAAGGCCACCCCCAGAGAAGAGCCCGAAAAUUAGCCCUACCAAGCCUGAGAAGAAAGAGCCCAAUGGAGACAUAAAACCCCCUGAAAAUCCACCGCCACCGAAGGAUAGAUGAACCAAAUACUCAAAGGGGUGAAGGGAAGAAGAAGUUGUGGGAAGAACUGAACCUGAUUGAUGUUUUUUUCACUACACUGUUCAUGUUUCAUAAACAUAGUUUGAGUGUGUGUAUGCCUGAUUCAAAUAGGGAGUGAGCCUUGAUGUACUAUAGCAGAUUGACUUAUUCAAAUAAUCCUAACAAAAUUUAACCACGUCACUUCUUUAACCUGAUGUUGCCUUCGUAGCAUUUUAAUAAGGAACACAAUCUUAUGUGCCCCACUUAUCCAUGUUUGCUUAUGGAGUGAGCGCUCCCUACUGGGCAAUCAUGAAACUGCAAAGCCCUGUUUUCUCUGGAUAUAACAAGCAGUGAAGCACACCAACAUGCAUUGUAUUUUUUUUAAUACUCUGAAUCAAUUUAUAUUUUUGGCCGUUAGGGGAAAAAAUCCUUAUGACAAUAACUCUCCCAUAAUGAAUUUGUCCCUGAAUGUCUAGAGCCCAAACUUUAGAGAACAAAGCUUUGGUGUAUAUAAUAGGAAAGUUCUAAUUCAAGGCACGAGUAAAUCCAGUCUCUGCCAAUAACCAUAUCUGGUCUUGCAUGACCGUAGCCUAAGUAUUACACUAGUGACGUUAUUACUGUGUGCACUGUGUACAGCAUAUGCCAUUGUAUAUAUUUGUGAGUAUUAUUCUUUGAAUGUAUUACACAACUGUUCUGUAAAAUAAACAACACAUU